GAAUUGAUUGUCCUAAAAACAAAAGGUUGGAUAAUUUUGCUGCCAGUCUUACUUGUUAUAUACAUUUUGCAUAUUAGGAUUGACAGAUACUAGUAUAUUAGUUGCAUUUGCACAUUGCAUGUUCUAGGAUGAGAUGAUCUACCCUAGAGAACAAUGUUUACUUUAAGUGACUCAAAUUCUUUAAAAAAAAAAAGCUUAGCUAGUGGGAAUGCUAACCGGAAUGAAUGGAAAAGAUGUAUAUAAGUCACUUGGUUAAAGGACUUGCGACGCCACAGAACUAGGAGGUUUCAUGAUAUUGGUCUUAUAAGCGGUUUUAAUGUUUUGUCAUUCCAUGUCUCAGGGCAUUGAAAGAGAAAGUUGAGUUGAUUUUGAUCUGGUGAGGAGAUAUCCUAGCACAUGCAAACAAACAUAUAAUCUGUAACGGGUUCUUGAGCUAUAGAUCAUCUGACAACAUUAGUUGUGAAAGCAAGCUUGCCCAUUUUCCGGAGGUUUUCCUUUUGUCAAAACUUAAAGCAGAAGCUUUGAUGUUUCUCUUUCUCACGUCCCAGUCCUUCAAACUUGCUUCUUCACGAUAUCCAUCUAUAGUGUGUGGAUAAGUGUAUCAACAAUAUACUCCUCUCAAAUAUUUCACCUAGAAAAAGAAAAAAACGUGUAUUAUAGAGAUUUUGCUAUAAUUGUUGUUUAUCCUCUCUCUGUGUCGUCGUUGAUUGAUAAACAUAAACCCCUUUUUGAAAAAUAUAUAUUUCCUGAAAAAGUCAAUUAGGCUCAGAGAGAGAUAAUAUCAUUCCACGAAAAUCCCCGAUUCCCAAAAACCUGAUCACCGAUCGAAAGGCUCACUGACUUUGUCUCAACUCUCGAAGACCCAUUUUCCCCAUUUUCCUUUGAUCUCAUCUGGGUUGGUGUUAUCUGCGAAUGAGGAAUCCACAUAGCAAUGGAAACCUUCGGGAUGGAGGAGAAGCUACGGACGAGAACGGCUUCGGUCAUGGCGUCAUUUUAGGCCUUGAUGGUGGCGCCACCUCAACUGUUUGCGUUUGCGUCCCGUAUUUCCCGUUCGGUGGAGAUCGUUUACCGGAGCCUCUUCCGAUCCUCGGUCGUGCCGUCGCCGGCUGCACCAACCGCAACAGCGUUGGAGAAACUGCAGCAAGGGAUUCACUAGAGCAAGUGAUUUCUGAGGCACUUGUACGAUCGGGUUCUGAUAAAUCAGAUGUUCGUGGUGUAUGCUUAGGUGUUUCAGGUGUAAAUCAUCCCUCAGACCAGGACAAGAUAGAAAAUUGGAUAAGGGACAUGUUCCCUAGUCAUGUCAAGGUAUAUGUUCAGAAUGAUGCUAUAGUGGCGCUAGCUAGUGGAACCAUGGGAAAGCUCCAUGGCUGUGUUCUAAUCGCUGGUACAGGAUGUAUAGCCUAUGGCUUUGAUGAAGAUGGCAAGGAGGCUAGGGCAUCUGGUGGUGGACCAAUCUUAGGCGAUUGGGGAAGUGGCUAUGGAAUUGCUGCACAGGCCUUAACGGCGGUGAUUAGAGCUCAUGAUGGUCGUGGCCCACAAACGCUGCUUACUAGUACCAUCUUAAAAGCACUUGGACUUACCUCUCCCGACGAACUCAUCGGGUGGACUUACGCUGAUCCCUCUUGGGCACGUAUCGCUGCUCUUGUUCCUCAAGUAGUAUUUUGUGCAGAAGCUGGUGAUGAAAUUUCAGAUAAGAUCUUGGUUGAUGCAGCUGAGGAUUUAGCUCUUAGUGUGAAAGCUGUUGUACAAAGACUUGGUUUAUGUGGCGAAGAUGGGACAGCUUCUUUCCCGGUUGUAAUGGUGGGCGGAGUUCUAAACGCUAAACGGAAAUGGGACAUUGGAAAAGAAGUCUCAAAGCGCAUUAACCGAUUCUUUCCCGGGGCUCAAACUAUCAUACCAAAGGUAGAGCCAGCUGUUGGAGCAGCGUUGUUGGCCAUGAACUUCUUAACAAGUUAACAAUAUUACCAGUCGGUCACGUAAAGCAUUAUUAUUUGCAAUCAAUGUUUCUUAAAUUUUCAGACAUGCCAUAGUGAUAUAACUUUUUUCCUUACUGUAGUUAUGGUACAUAUGUACAAGUGCAUAAGAAUCUUUUUGUCAAAUUCUAAUUCUUGUUA